CCAUUAACCACUUCCUGUUUAUUUUUCUUUGGCUUUUGAGUUUUGUUUUUUGUACUGAUUUUCUGAUUACAAAUCGUAUAUUUGACAUAAUCGGUUGUUAUUAUCAGACAACAACACAUCAACUAAUGUUAUAAUUAUCUGAGUGUAAAGUUCGGAAUGUCAAAAGGUGAUGCUAAGGAGCUGAACAUGCCACCACAAGAUUUUAAUAAGCGACAUGGGAAUGUUUCUGUCCAUUGGUUCCGGCAUGGUCUACGUCUUCAUGACAACCCAGCCCUCUUGGAAUCACUCAAGAAUUGUACAGAGUUCUAUCCUAUAUUUAUUUUUGAUGGAGAAGUUGCAGGUACCAAGCAUGUCGCAUUUAAUCGAAUGCGGUUUUUAAUUGAGAGCCUGGAAGAUCUAGAUAGGAAUUUGAGAAAAUUUGGUGGUAGACUGUAUGUUUUCCAUGGUCAGCCUGUGGACAUUCUGACCAAUCUAUUCAAGGAAUGGGGUGUGACAAAGCUAACAUUUGAGCAGGACCCUGAAGCAGUAUGGAAACAAAGAGAUGAUGCUGUAAAAGAACUUUGUGAGAAAAAGGAAAUAGAAUGUGUUGAGAGAGUAUCGCAUACCCUUUAUGAACCAAUGAAAAUCAUAGAAAAGAAUGAUGGCCAGCCACCUCUAACCUACAGUCUUUUUAACUUAGUGGCAUCCGCGCUUGGUGAUCCUCCCCGACCAGUUUCUUACCCAGUGUUCCAUAAUAUUGAUCUUCCUGUUUACCCUGACCAUGAAAAGAAGUUCGGCAUACCAAAACCACAAACUGUGGGUGUGUUUCCUGAUUGUAAGGAACAGAACAACAGGAUCAAUGAGUGGAAGGGAGGAGAAACCAAAGCUUUAGACUUGUUAGAAAAAAGACUGGCCAUUGAGAAAAAGGCCUAUGAGGAUGGGUAUGUCCUACCAAACCAGUACAGUCCUGAUCUCCUUGGAGAACCCAUGAGUAUGAGUGCCCAUUUGAGAUUUGGUUGUCUGUCUGUCAGAAGGUUCCACUGGACCAUCCAUGACUUGUUUGAAAAGGUCAAACCGAAAGAGAGUAAGCCAGAUGCUUUGACCUGUCAACUGAUUUGGAGGGAGUACUUUUAUGUGAUGUCAGCUAACAAUAUAAACUACGAUAAGAUGGAAGGGAACCCUAUAUGUCUUAACAUUCCAUGGUAUAGAAAUGAUGAAAUUCUCAAAAAAUGGGAAAUGGGUCAGACAGGUUACCCCUGGAUUGAUGCUAUAAUGAACCAGUUAAGACAUGAAGGUUGGAUCCAUCAUGUAGGAAGACAUGCUGUCGCCUGCUUUCUGACCAGAGGAGAUUUAUGGAUCAGUUGGGUAGAUGGUUUGAAGAUUUUCCUGAAAUACUUAAUUGAUGCUGAUUGGUCAGUUUCUGCUGGAAAUUGGAUGUGGGUGUCCAGUUCAGCAUUUGAGAAGGUCCUACAAUGUCCAAAGUGUUUCUGCCCAGUAGGAUAUGGCCGUAGAAUGGACAGGACAGGAGAAUAUAUCAGACGAUACUUACCUGUGUUGAAGGAUAUGCCUUUGCGGUAUUUGUUUGAACCAUGGAAGGCUCCACUAGCAGUGCAACAGAAGGCCCAUUGCAUUGUGGGUAAAGAUUAUCCACAUCCUAUUGUAAACCAUAAAGAGGCUUCAAAUGAAUGUGCUAGUGCAAUGAACAAGGUCAUCGAGAGUUUCAAAGGAAAAGAAAUUCCACAUUGUGCACCUUCGGAUGACCUUGAAGUUAGAAGAUUUGUCUGUUUACCAGAUUUUGUGUCUACUGGUGGCAAAUGUACAGCGAACCAGCUCUGUCCUGGAAUAGAAAAUCUCUAGACACUAUAGGUGUGUUGUGAAAUUUCAGUAUAGAAAAACAUGUGUUUAAUGAAUUCUUGAAAUUUGUUAUGUCAAGGUCACUGCCAAUGUUAUAUCUGUAAUGUCAUGGUCAUUGCAAGUGUUAUAUCUAUAAUGUCAUGGUUGCUGCCAGUGUUAUAUAUGUAAUGUCAUGGUUGCUGCCAGUGUUAUAUAUGUAAUGUCAUGGUCAUUGCCAGUGUUAUAUCUGUAAUGUCAUGGUCACUGUCAUAUAUUUGUCUAUUAAUAUUGUAUAAUCAUGUUUCCAUGGUUUUAAUUAUUUACAGCUAGUUUUAGGACUCAAACAAAUAAUUAAACUUUAUUUUUGUGAUAAUCUGAGACCAAUUUAUUGUAGGAUGUGAUAUUAGUAAUCAUGGUUUUAAUUACAGCUGGUUUAAGUACUCAAAUUAAUGAUAAGAUUUUAUUUUAGUAUUCAAACUGAACAAUGUUGUUGAUGAACUUAGAGACAUCAUAUUGAAAAUGAGAAAUGUUUUCUUUAUUUUUCUACUAGAAAAUUUAUAUUGGGUUCAGUAACUCAGAACAAUUUGCGAGCUAAUUUGAUGUGGCACAUCAAAUGCUUCUGUACUUUUAUUAUCGUAGUGCUGUACUUAUGAAAAAAGUUUAUUAUAAUACAUGUAUUACCUCUUUUCAUUCAUAGAACCAAUCAUUAUUUUUUGUCACUCCUUUGUAUAACAAAUUUAUUAUGAAUGGGAAGAUGUGCAGACUAAUAUAAUUUGCCUUCGGGUAAAGGGAAAUGCUUUUAAGAGAGAAUGUGGAAAGGAAAGAUAUCAAUUUUUAAGUGCAUUUAAAGUUGUGUUCACUUAAUUUUAACUUAUACUUUUAUGUUUCAUAUUUUUAAUCAUACUUGUAAAUAUUUUAUAUCAUUCCUAAACAAAUUAUACCUUUUACCUGUUGAUAUUUGCUUAAAUAAAACUCAACAAGCCUUAGCCCUUUUGUUUAUUAAAUUUACGAUAAUGGCAUAAUCUUUAAUUAAUUGUUGCAUUAUCAAGCGACUAAAGAUAUUUUUUUUGAAAUUAUAUUUGAUCUCAAUUAAUCAAAGUUUUUGAAACAAUUUUUUAUUAUCACUUCAUUAAUUGGGGAAUAUGUGUGCCUUAUUGCAAAUUAAGAAAACCAAGUUUUAUAUCUGUAAUCGAAGCAUAUACAAAUAUUAUGAUGUUAAAAUAGUAAAAUGAUUUUUGGCUCACAGUCAACAAUGGGUUUAAAAAGCUGG